AUGCUGUUGCUUCUGCUGUUGCUGCUCUUACUGGUACCGGUGCUGUUCUUCCUUUACGCAAUAUAUUAUUUACCCCCGUGGUUGAUACGCUACUGCCAGCAACGGUGGCCCGACAUAUUGUGGCACGUAUCGACACCGGAGAAGGUGAUAGCGCUCACUAUCGACGAUGGCCCUUCCGCAAAUACAAUCGAGAUUCUAGACAUACUCAAAGCCAACGAUGCAACUGCGACAUUUUUCAUCAUUGGCUCUCAUGUCUGGGGCCUGAAGGAAGAAGGAGAAACAAUUCUGCAAAACCUAAUCCGCAAUGGAAACGAGCUGGGCAAUCACGCCAUGUACGAUGAGCCCUCGUACAAACUGCAAGACAACGAGCUCGCGUUGCAGAUUACUGAAGUGAACAAUAUCAUUCGCAAUGCCCACGAAGCCGUGAGCGGUGUGGCAGCCGUUGAAGAUGGCUCACUGCCUAGAUACUUCCGUCCAGGAUCGGGCUUUUUUAACACGAGACUGCGCAAUGUUGUCAGUCGCCUAGGGCAUACGCUUGUUCUCGGCGAUAUAUACCCUCAUGAUGCUCAGAUCUCCUCGUCCAAAUUAAAUAUUGCGCAUAUUCUUGGCAAGGCACAACCUGGAGGCAUCAUCAUCUGCCACGAUGGUCGACCUUGGACGUUACCUAUGCUUAGGGUUGUGCUUCCGGAAUUGAAACGAAGGGGGUACAGCAUUGUGCGUCUUACGGACCUGCUUAAAUACUCGCGCUUAUAA